UCCUCUGUAUCUUUAAACAUUUUAUUUUUCUUUAUAAACGCACACUCUGUCAUACAUAAAAAGGCGUAAUUUGUUCCAUUUCCUGUUCUUGCGACGUCGUUUAUUCGGCAGUCACUCGCCUCAGAUCUCUCCGUUCAGUGUUCUGAUUGAGAUAAUUGUAAUUGAAACCUAGAUGCCUGCUACAAAGCUCUGCUCAAGAACUCUCAAUGCAAUGAAAUCAGAAGUAGGGAAUGAUUCCCUAGAUACCUUCAUCAGACAAGCCGUAGGAAAGGAGCCUCUUCUCCCUUUCCCAAGGACUGUGGAUAGUUCAGUUCCUUGGAUUCAAUUGUUUCAGGCCUUAGAUCAACCAGAUCUCCCUGGCUGGCCAUUGCUGACCCCUGUGAAAGUUCAGAUGCAAAGGUGCUAGAAGUGUUCCCGGGAGUUCUGUUCUCCAAUAAACUACAGAAGACAUAUUCGGGAAUGGCACAAAAAUAGGGAUUUAUUAGCUGUAUUUUGGGAUAAGUUGUCAUUGGAGCGGGCUAAGGAAUUAGUGUCAUUUAAUGACAUAAUUCUUAAGUAUACUACAGGUUGAGUCAUAAUUCCUUGUGGAGGAGGAGGAAGCUGAACAGAAAAGGCAAGUAGUGAUUCUGGAGAGGAAGAAACAGAAAAAGCUUCGUCAAAAGCAACAGAAGGUCAGGGAACAAUACUAUGGGUGCAGCAGAGAUUUGAAUGUCUAUGUUGAUGCUAUAGAUAGGCCUACUUCAGCCGAAGCAUCUGAUCUGUCAUCCCCAUCGGACCCAAACUCAAACUCAAAAGAGGUUCCUACAACCUCAGACUCUGUUCAACCCCAAAACAAAGAGUCAGUUGAAGAUAUAGGAGCACAGUUUGAUGCUAGAAGUGAACAUAAGAAACAUGGGGACUCUCCAGCUGUUGAGCUCCAGAUGGUGGUUGCAAAUGGUCUUCGGCAAGUAGCCACCGACACGAACCCAAUAACACACGAACCACUUUGGGUCAACACGACACGAUAGCAACACAUAAGAACAUGAUAACAAUUGCUCAUGAUUAACAAAAAUUACAAAAUCUUGAUUCUGAUACAACACGAAACAUGACACAAACAUGACACUGCUCAUAAUAAAAAUUAAUAAUAUUAUAGUAGUAUUAUUUCUUAAUGUGUAACACGAACACGACACGAAAUUUUCGUGUUCUUAACAUGUCGACACGAUAAUGACACGAUCCCGAUAAGCUUUGAACCAUACCUAUCAAUUUCGUGCCGGUUCGUGUCCUGUUAUCGUGUCGUGCAAAAAAUUGUCAGCCCUAAUUGAAAUGAGUGAAUAUUGUUUUAUGAAAUCAAUAGCCCUAAGGCCCAUGUUAAAUCCACAUGCUAUCGGCCCAAUCCAUUAAUUUAAAAGAGAAUAAAAGGAGAGAAAAAAAGAGUACACACACAAACACAAAACCAAAAUACGAGAAAUUCCCAAAACAUGGAAAACCCUAAUUCCCCAAUCGGAGGAACAGCUCCUGAAUCCGACCCCGAUUCCGGUGUCUGUGGUAAAGGGAAAAGAGGAAAGAUUGAAGAUACACCGGAAAUCGAUUCUGGUGGCGGCGAGAUUGCGAAAAUCGAUUCCGGUGGUGAUUCCUCCAUGGCUUCCAGGUCAACAAUGUUUAUGUUGGAAUCGGAAUCGAACAUUGCGGGACUCAGCGAUAUUAAUUUAAUCCUUCCCAGCGGCGAGGUUGUGGGAAUCGAUUCUGCUGGCCGUGAGAUUUCGGGAAUCGAUUCUGGUGCGAUUGGUAAACGAAAAAGAGGAGAGACUGAGGAUAUUCCUGAAAUCGAUUCCGGUGGCUGUGAGAUUGCGGAAAUAGAUUCUGAUGCGAGUGGUAAACUAGAAAUAGGAGGGAAUGAGUCUGCUGAAUAUGAGUCUGAGUCUGAGUAUGAGUAUGAGGAUGCGAGUGGUAAACUAGAAAUAGGAGGGGUUAAGUAUAUAUCGGAACAAGAUGAGUUUGAUUCUGAGUCUUCUGAAUAUGAGUCUGAGUCUGAGUAUGAGUAUGAGGAAAUCGAUCAGUCCGAGGAAAAGGAAAAGGAAAAGAAAACGCGGAAAGUAGAGAAAUUUGAAGAUAGAUAUGGAAUACUUGGUCCCUACGACAAAGAGAUGGUAUUUGAAAAGGAAGGUUUCAAAUUGGAUGAUUAUAUCCCAGGUCAUGAUCAGCCAUGGUAUGAUGAGCGUCUGCUCGAGGACAUCAAAAUUACUCCUUACGACCACGAGGCUGUUAUCAAAUACAUCUCCCAAGUCCGCCUUAGCUCUGGUUUUGAUGUGGAUACGAUUCUUCCUUCAUGGCUGAAGCACGAGGCCGCCUUAUAUUUCACCCCAAUGUGGCUCUCUCAUGCCACCCGCAGUGAUCUUAAAUAUGUCAAUAAAGCAGCAAAAAUUGCCAUUCAUGAAAUCAAUCUUGACAUGAAAAACAAAACUAGUUUCAAGCUUGUGGAAGUUACCAAUGUUGUCGUCACUUGGGCCCCAUUCUUUUUGCUAUUUUUGACUCUUGCUGUGGAAAAGGUUGAAGAAGAAGCACAAGCACAAGCACAAGCAGAAGCUGCUACUAUCCGAGCAGUUGUCCAUCACCCCAUAUGUAAACCUUGGCAACUUGAACAGUGGUGGGUUGUCAAACCAGACCCGACCGACGCAUAAUACCUAUAUCUUUGCUACUAUAUAUUUUGUUAACCACUAAUAUUAGAGAUGUUGUCGAAUUGUUAUUAGAACAAGUCUUAGGUUCGGAUGCAGUUUGGCUACUAGUAUGUUUUUAUAUUUAUGGACAAUCCUCCUUAUUUA